AUGGCCCUACCGAAAAGAAUCAUUAAGGAAACAGAACGUUUAUUACAAGAACCAGCACCUGGCAUCAGUGCUACACCUCAUGAGGAAAAUCUUCGUUACUUUGACGUAAUUAUUGCUGGGCCAAGUCAGUCACCUUUUGAAGGUGGUGUUUUCAAGCUUGAAUUGUUUCUUCCGGAAGAGUAUCCAAUGGCACCACCAAAAGUUCGUUUUUUGACUAAAAUAUAUCAUCCGAACAUUGAUAAACUUGGUAGAAUUUGUUUGGAUAUUUUAAAAGAUAAAUGGUCACCAGCUCUCCAAAUUCGUACAGUACUUCUUUCGAUACAAGCUCUUUUGUCAGCGCCAAACCCAGAUGAUCCACUAGCAAAUGAUGUAGCACAACAUUGGAAAGAGAAUGAAAAGGCUGCCAUCGCUACAGCUCGGGAAUGGACUCGAAAUUUUGCUCAAGGCUAA